AUGGUAUACCUAGUACGACACAUUAUACCAGAAAUACGAAGACCUGAACCCGAAAUCCGACGACCCGACCGUAAAGACCCGACUUCAAUAGCUCGAACCCGAAAAAACGACCACGAGGACCCCGAAACCCCCGACCCGAGACCGAAAAACCGACCACGAAAACCCGAACACCCGAUCAAGACCCGACUUCAAGAACCCGAACCCGAAAAACAGACCAUGAGAACCCGAAGACCCGACCAUGUGAACCCGAACACCCGAACAAACCCGACUUCAAGAACCCGAACCGACUACCCCAGACCCGAACCCGAAAAAACGACCAACGAAAACCCGACGACCCGAACAAGACCCGACGACCCGAACGGCCCGACGACCCGAACAGGCCCAACGACCCGAACAGGACCCGACGACCCGACCAUGGAGACCCGACCUCGAGGACCCGAACCCGAAAAAAAAGAGCCUGGAAAUCACCUCGUUUUGUCGUCGUGCAAAAAAUGUCAAUAUCGCAGCCAAUUCCAUCCGCCGGCCGCCUUUAAUGACGUUGCAGGUGACACAAUUGCCCACAUUAAGCUAAAUGACACCUUGCAUGUUGCACGUUGCGUGGGCGGAUCGGGAGGUGAACCUGUCAGACAUAUGGCUUUUUCUAAGUUCACCAGUCAGUCACCAGUCAGCAGUCACAGUCACCAGUUUUCUAGUUCAGUCAAGUCAAGUCAGUCAGCCAGUUUUCUAAGUCCACCAGUCAGUCACCAGUUUCUAAGUCCACCAGUCAGUCAGUUUUCUUCAGUCACCAGUAAGUCAGUCAGCCAGUUUUCUAAGUCCAGUCAGUCACCAGUUUUUCUAAGUUCAGUCAGCCAGUUUUCAGUCAGCAGUUUUCUAAGUUCAGUCAACCAGUUUCAGUCAGUCAGUCAGGUCAGUCAGAGUCCACCAGCUUCAGUCCUUCCACCAGUCAGUCAGUCAACCAGUUUUCUAAGUUUCCAAAGUCAGUCAGUCAACCAGUUUUCUAAGUCCAGUUCUAAGUGUCAACCAGUUUUCAAGUCCACCAGUUUUCUAAGUCCACCAGUCAGUCAACCAGUUUUCUAA